AUGCCACACUUCUUUCGAACACGGGAACGCACAUAUAGCGGAAUAGCGCAUGGUGGCUUAGAGGUUGUUUUCAACGGUUUCUCACACGUGACUCCUCUUUAUUCCAUUAUUUUCAGGACGGCAAGUCCGGAGUCUUCUUCUUUGGCCUUAACUUGUACAGCUGUACUUCAAUAAUGCGGAAAUAAGACCUGGAGCUAGGGCUGUACUACUUGGAAUACGGCUGUCUAAGAACCGCUCAUCCCUUGUACCGUAGUCCGCACUGCUGGACAAGAUUCCGUCCCGAGUCCUAAAACACAGUGCCGCCUGUCUGUGCACCACCG